AUGACUAGUAAAUUAAUUAUGCUUGUGAGCCUGGUGAUUUUUUGCAGCAUAUGUACAAAUGGCAAAACAACAAGCAAACGGCAGUUGGUGAAAGAAUGGCAUACACAGCCCUCAACGUAUGUGGUAAAUUGGACACUUAAAGAAGACAUCUGCCUGAACUUCUAUGGAGAUUGCUGGCUUGGCAAUAUAAAUACUAACGUGAAUAAUUCUGGCAAUCAAUUUGUUUCCCAGAGCUGCCCUUUGCAAAUUCAAAUAGGAGAUUUCCUUGUAAUUUCUUCUGAACCAUCUCUUCAAUAUCCUGGAAUAAUGAAUAUUUCUGAAGCAUCAUUCACUGACUGUCAGCAAAAUACCACAACUGAAGCUCAGUUGUGUUUUUUUAAAUCUGAAGAUAAGAUUUACUUUGGUUGCAAACUGAAAGGAAUGCACACUGUUAAUUCUUAGUGGCUGAGUUUUAGAACACAUUAUUUUAUCAUAGUAAGUUCACCCCUUUGUCAACUGGGCCUUGGCCUAAAUGUGACAGUGAAAGAGUGAUUGUGCCAGGAGAAUUCAAGUUCAGAGCUUUGCUCUGGACAUGGUUGAUGUCUUACAGAAGUUUGGAAGACGUACAGCUGUCAUUGCCAGGCACCAUUCUCUGGGAAAUAUUUCUAGGAGCUGGAUGAAUGUCCUUGUAAAUUAUGUAAAAAAAAAAAAAAAAAUGGCAGUGGCAGUAACACAACAGAAAAAUGGAAUAAUCAAGGGUAUGAAUGUAUCUGUCACCCACCAUUUACAAGUAAAACUUGUUCAGAAAUAAUUGGUCAAUGUCAAUGACAUAUCUGUUUCCAUGGGAACUCUAGAAAUACUACUGCAAGUAGCUUCCUUUGUGAAUGUGAGGAACCAUUUUCAGGUCCAUUCUGUGAGAAGUCACUGAAAUAUUGUGUUUCUCAGUUUUGUUGGAAAGGAGCAAUUAGUCAAAAUUGAAACUCAGCAUAUAUCUGGGAAUGUGCAAAAGGAUUCCUCAGUCAAAACUGUGGAACUGAUGUCAAUGAGUGUUCAACAAAACCAUGUCAGAAUGAUACUCAAUGCAUUGAUAUUAUAAAAAUGUGUUCACCAAUAGCUACAAACAAAUUUCAUAAGCAACUUCAGACAACACAGGAGUCUUCUCCUUGCAAGACUAGUUUCAUCACAGAUAGUUGUAUGCCAAGAUUUAUUGGGAAAAACUGUGAGAAAGUAAUUUACCACUGCAGACUGUUCACCAUCAACUGUCUGAAUGAAAGAUGGUGUUUCAACAUAAUUGGAAGAUUCAGAUAUAUAUACACCCCAGGAUGCACAAGAAAUUCAUGUUGGUUUGUGAAGAACACUUGCUUACUUCAUCUGUAUGCCUGGUACUGUGGAGCCAUCAGCCAUGAUAUUUAUCAAGAUGAAGUUACUAGUCCUCCUCAUUUUAAAUAUGUAUGGCAAUUAAUAUUUACAGCCACGGGACAUAUCUGGGCUGGCUUUUGUGGAGGGGGUGCUCUGGGAUACAGAGGCAAUUUGAGGUGCAAUGGGGAAAGAGCACCGGGCACCAGGCAUCUUGGGAGCCAUAGGAGGAGUCUUCAACCAGCAGACUCCCUAAUGGUUUUUGAGUGCCUGACCUGUGCCUACACAGUAUCAAUUGGCCUUUUCCUCAGCACUAAGGAGACAGAGGAGAGAGUCCCCUCACCAGCUUGGGCAACAGCUAUUGGGGCAGAGCAGACAGUGGAGCCUUCAGAGCAUACCAGGGAGUAG